AUGGCGUCGCCGCGUCUGCCGUCCGGAGACACGCUGUUCCUCCCUCCUCCGUCGCAUCCCGCCGCCGGCGCGUGCACGACGCUAUGCUGCGCGUGCGGCGUCCCGAUGCCGCCCAAUGCAGCCAACACCUGCGCGCGCUGCCUCCGCGCGCGCGUCGACGUCACGGAGGGGGCGCCGCGCCACGCCGCCGUGGUGUACUGCCCCUCGUGCUCCUCCUAUCUGGAGCCCCCGCGGCGCUGGACGCGCGCCGCGCCGGAGUCGCCCGAGCUCAUGCAACUGCUCCUCCGCCGCGUCCAGCGCCCGCUCCCGCGCCUCGGCCUCUCCCUCACCGCCGCCGAGUUCGUCUUCACCGAGCCGCACUCCAAGCGCUUGAAACUGCGCCUCCGCCUCCGCCGCGAGGUACUCCGCGGCGUCGCGCUGGAGCAGGACCACGCCGUCGAGUUUGCUGUCCAUGACCGCCUCUGCGACGCCUGCGGGCGGGCCAGGGCCGACCCGGACCAGUGGUGCGCCGUCGUGCAGCUGCGGCAGCGCGCGUCGCACCGCCGCACGCUGCUCCACCUCGAGCAGCGUCUGGCCAGCCUCGGUGCCGCCGACUCGGCAAUCCGCGUCGAGCCUACCGCUGGAGGUCUCGACUUCUUCUUCGCGUCCCGGUCCCGCGCCGCCGGCCUCGUUGCCCUGAUCACCUCGCUCGCGCCGGCGCGCACGGACACGGCGAAGCAGCUCGUGUCGCACGACACCAAGAGCAACUCGUACCGCUAUAAACACGCCUUCUCCGUGGAGCUCUGCCCUGUGUGCCGCGACGACCUCGUGUUUCUCCCAAGGGAUGCCUCACGCUCGCUCGGCGGGCUUGGGCCGCUCGUGCUCUGCGUGAAGGUCACCGACACGCUGGCCCUGCUCGACGCCUCCACCCACCGCGUCGUGCACCUCGGCAUGAAGGAGUACGACCGUCACAGGUUCGAGCCCGUGCUCAACAGCCGGCAGCUCGUGGAGUACGUCGUGCUGGACGUGGAUCCCUCGCCGGCCGCUGGCGACGCCACGGCCGCGAAGUUCGGGUACCAGACGGCGUACGCGCAGGUGGCCCGGGCAUCGGAGCUGGGUAGGAACGACGCCAUCGUCACCGUGAGGACGCACCUCGGCCACCUCUUGGGCCCCGGCGACCGCGCUCUUGGCUACGACCUACGCGGCGCCAAUGCCAACGGCCAGGACAUCGAGAACUACGGGCAGAGCCAUUGCUUGCCGGACGCGGUGCUCGUCAAGAAGAUCUACGAGAAGGGUGGGGGUGAUAAGAUGCAUCAGGCAGGGAGCAAUCCUGAUGACGGCGUGGUCGACAUUGAUGAGAUUGCUAUGGGGAUAGGAGGCAUUGAUCUCGAUCCGGCUGAUGAGGUGGAGCUUGAUGAGUUGCUCGAGGACCUCAGACUUUAG